AUGCCCAGGCUGGAGCACAUUCUGCUCCGGCCAGACACCUAUGUGGGCUCCACGGAAGUGCAGCAACAGGAGCUGUGGGUCUUUGACUCGGUUCAAAGCCGAAUGGUGUACAGAAAGAUCAGCUUCGUACCUGCGCUGUACAAAAUAUUUGACGAGAUCUUGGUGAAUGCCGCGGACAACUUGCAGAGGGAUCCGCAGGGAAUGGACGCUAUCAAAGUGGACAUUGAUCAGCAGAAGGGCAUUCUCUCUGUCUGGAACAAUGGAAGGGGUCUCCCUGUGGUGAUGCACAAGGAGCAGAAGGUUUAUGUCCCCGAAAUGGUCUUCGGCCAUUUGCUCACCAGCGACAACUACGAUGACUCGGCCAGCAAGGUGGUGGGGGGCCGCAACGGCUACGGCGCCAAGUUGGCCAACGUGUUCUCCACGGAGUUCAAGGUGGAGACCUGCGAUGGCAAGAACAGGUUCAGCCAGGUCUUCCGCAACAACAUGCAGGCCAAGGGUAAGCCCGAGAUCGUGGCAACGAAGGAGAAGCCCUUCACCUGCAUCACCUUCAAGCCAGAUCUGGCCAAGUUUGGCAUGACCAAGCUGGACGAUGACAUUGUGUCACUCCUGACGAAGCGAGUUUAUGAUAUUGCCGGUUCAACACUCGAGAAAUGCACUGUCUACCUCAAUGGCGACAAGCUGGACGUGAAGAGUUUCCGGGAUUACUGCGAUCUUUACCUGCUCACCCGCCAGGGCGUGCCGCAGGUCUACGAGAAGUGCUCGGACAGGUGGGAGAUUUGCGUCAGCCUCACAGAGAGUGGCUUCAAUCAGGUGAGCUUUGUGAACUCCAUUUGCACCAUCCGUGGCGGCACCCACGUGACCCACGUCUCGGACCAGGUUGUGGAGGCCAUCCUGGAAAAGGUGAAGGCGCAGAGCAAGGAGAAGGUGAAAGGAGGGGUCGACGUCAAGCCUCACCAUGUGAGGAAUCAUAUUUGGGUCUUCAUCAAAUGCUUGAUCGAGAAUCCCGCCUUUGACUCCCAAACCAAGGAAACCUUGACCACCAAGCAGUCCAAGUUCGGGUCGCGCUGCGAGCUCUCCGAGAAGUUUCUCUCGGAGGUUGCCAGUUGUGGCGUGGUGGAUCUCAUUCUCAUGGCGGCCAUGGCCAAAUCCAAAGUGGACCUGGGCAAGAAACUCAAGGCCAAUACUGGCCGCGUGACGCGGCUCACCGGCAUCCCCAAGCUGGAAGAUGCCAAUGAUGCAGGUGGGAAGAGUUCCCAAGAGUGCACGCUCAUCCUGACUGAGGGAGACUCAGCCAAGGCCCUGGCAGUUGCUGGCCUCAGCGUCAUCGGCCGUGACAAGUGGGGUGUCUUCCCAUUGCGUGGUAAGGUGCUCAACGUGCGGGAUGCGACCUUGAAGCAGAUGAUGGCCAACGAGGAGAUACAGAACCUGAUUAAAAUCAUCGGCCUGGAUCUGAACCGCGAGUAUGACGCCGAACUGAGAGGGCUGCGCUAUGGCUCCAUCAUGAUCAUGGCAGAUCAGGAUACUGAUGGCUCCCAUAUCAAGGGGCUACUGAUCAACCUGAUCCACGCCUGGUGGCCAUCUCUAGCGAGGCUUCCUGGAUUUGUCAAGGAGUUCUUUACUCCGAUUGUGAAAGCCACCAAGGGCAAGUCGCAGAUAUGCUUCUACACACUUCCCGAGUAUGAGGCAUGGAAAAAAGAAACUGAAGGCGGAAAAGGUUUCAAGAUCAAGUACUACAAAGGUUUGGGGACCAGCACCUCAAAAGAAGCCAAGGAAUACUUCAGCGCCCUGGACACGCACCAGAUCAAAUACCGAUAUGAUGGUGUGGAAGAUGAUCGCGCCAUCGAUCUCGCCUUUAACAAGAAGCGUGCCGACGAUCGCAAAUCCUGGAUCAAUUCCUACGAGGACGGGAACUUGAUCGACCACACCCAGAAAGAG